AUGGCCCCCGCCCGGGGCCGCCUGCCCCCCGCGCUCUGGGUCGUCACGGCCGCGGCGGCGGCGGCGGCCACCUGCGUGUCCGCGGCGCGCGGCGAAGUGAACUUGCUGGACACGUCCACCAUCCAUGGAGACUGGGGCUGGCUCACAUAUCCAGCUCACGGGUGGGACUCCAUCAACGAGGUGGACGAGUCCUUCCAGCCCAUCCACACGUACCAGGUGUGCAACGUCAUGAGCCCCAACCAGAACAACUGGCUGCGCACGAGCUGGGUGCCCCGCGACGGCGCCCGGCGCGUCUACGCCGAGAUCAAGUUCACCCUGCGCGACUGCAACAGCAUGCCCGGUGUGCUGGGCACCUGUAAGGAGACCUUCAACCUCUACUACCUGGAGUCGGACCGCGACCUGGGCGCCAGCACCCAAGAAAGCCAGUUCCUCAAAAUCGACACCAUCGCGGCGGACGAGAGCUUCACAGGGGCCGACCUGGGCGUGCGACGCCUCAAGCUCAACACGGAGGUGCGCGGCGUGGGCCCCCUCAGCAAGCGUGGCUUCUACCUGGCCUUCCAGGACAUCGGCGCGUGCCUCGCCAUCCUGUCUCUCCGCAUCUACUACAAGAAGUGCCCCACCAUGGUGCGCAACCUGGCCGCCUUCUCGGAGGCGGUAACGGGGGCCGACUCGUCCUCGCUGGUGGAGGUGCGGGGCCAGUGCGUGCGGCACUCCGAGGAGCGGGACACGCCCAAGAUGUACUGCAGCGCCGAGGGCGAGUGGCUGGUGCCCAUCGGCAAGUGCGUGUGCAGCGCUGGCUACGAGGAGCGGCGGGAUGCCUGUGUGGCCUGUGAGCUGGGCUUCUACAAGUCGGCCCCCGGGGACCAGCUCUGCGCCCGCUGCCCCCUCCACAGCCACUCUGCAGCCCCCGCUGCCCAGGCCUGCCGCUGUGACCUCAGCUACUACCGCGCAUCCCUAGACCCGCCGUCUGCAGCCUGCACCCGGCCACCCUCGGCACCCGUGAAUCUGAUCUCCAGCGUGAACGGGACCUCUGUGACCCUGGAAUGGGCCCCUCCCCUGGAUCUGGGCGGCCGCAAUGACAUCACCUACAACGCCGUGUGCCGUCGCUGCCCUUGGGCAUUGGGCCACUGCGAGAACUGUGGGAGCGGCCCCCGAUUUGUGCCUCAGCAGACAAGCCUGGUACGGGCCAGUCUGAUGGUGGCCAACCUGCUGGCCCACAUGAACUACUCCUUCUGGAUCGAGGCCGUCAACGGCGUGUCUGACCUGAGCCCUGAGCCCCGCCGGGCAGCUGUUGUCAACAUCACCACGAACCAGGCAGCCCCGUCCCAGGUGGUGGUGAUCCGCCAGGAGCGGGCCGGGCAGACGAGCGUGUCCCUGCUGUGGCAGGAGCCGGAGCAGCCCAACGGCAUCAUCCUGGAGUACGAGAUCAAGUACUACGAGAAGGACAAGGAGAUGCAGAGUUACUCUACCCUCAAGGCUGUCACCACCAGGGCCACCGUCUCGGGCCUCAAGCCGGGCACCCGCUACAUGUUCCAGGUCCGAGCCCGCACGUCCGCAGGCUGCGGCCGCUUCAGCCAGGCCAUGGAGGUGGAGACCGGGAAACCCCGGCCCCGCUACGACACCCGGACCAUUGUGUGGAUCUGCCUGACCCUCAUCACGGGCCUGGUCGUUCUUCUGCUCUUGCUCAUCUGCAAAAAGAGGCACUGCGGCUACAGCAAGGCCUUCCAGGACUCGGACGAGGAGAAGAUGCAGUAUCAGAACGGGCAGGCACCCCCACCUGUCUUCCUGCCCCUGCACCACCCCCCAGGGAAGAUCCCGGAGCCCCAGUUCUAUGCAGAACCCCACAAUUACGAGGAGCCUGGGCGGGCGGGCCGCAGUUUCACCCGAGAGAUUGAAGCCUCCAGGAUCCACAUCGAGAAGAUUAUCGGCUCUGGGGAGUCCGGUGAGGUCUGCUAUGGGCGGCUGCAGGUGCCGGGACAGCGGGAUGUGCCCGUGGCCAUCAAGGCCCUCAAAGCCGGCUACACAGAGAGGCAGCGGCAGGACUUUCUGAGUGAGGCGUCCAUCAUGGGUCAGUUUGACCACCCCAAUAUCAUCCGCCUGGAAGGUGUCGUCACCCGUGGCCGCCUGGCAAUGAUCGUGACCGAGUACAUGGAGAACGGCUCUCUGGACGCCUUCCUGCGGACUCACGACGGGCAGUUCACCAUCGCGCAGCUGGUGGGCAUGCUCAGAGGCGUGGGCGCCGGCAUGUGCUACCUCUCGGACCUGGGCUACGUCCACCGAGACCUGGCUGCCCGCAACGUCCUGGUUGACAGCAACCUGGUGUGCAAGGUGUCCGACUUCGGGCUCUCCCGGGUGCUGGAGGAUGACCCUGGCGCGGCCUACACCACCACGGGAGGCAAGAUCCCAAUCCGCUGGACAGCCCCGGAGGCCAUCGCUUUCCGGACCUUCUCCUCGGCCAGCGACGUGUGGAGCUUCGGUGUGGUCAUGUGGGAGGUGCUGGCCUACGGGGAGAGGCCCUACUGGAACAUGACAAACCGUGAUGUCAUCAGCUCCGUGGAGGAGGGGUACCGCCUGCCCGCGCCCAUGGGCUGCCCCCGCGCCCUGCACCAGCUUAUGCUAGACUGCUGGCACAAGGACAGGGCCCAGCGGCCUCGCUUCUCCCAGAUUGUCAGUGUCCUUGACGCCCUCAUCCGGAGCCCUGAGAGUCUCAGGGCUACUGCCACUGUCAACAGGUGCCCGCCCCCUGCCUUUGCCCAGAGCUGCUUUGACCUCCGCGGUGGCGGGGGUGGUGGUGGUGGCCUCACCGUGGGGGACUGGCUGGACUCCAUCCGCAUGGGCCGCUACCGGGACCACUUUGCUGCCGCCGGCUACUCCUCGCUGGGCAUGGUGCUACGUAUGGAUGCUCAGGACGUGCGUGCCCUGGGCAUCACCCUCAUGGGCCACCAGAAGAAGAUCCUGGGCAGCAUCCAGACCAUGAGGGCCCAGCUGACGAGCACCCAGGGGCCCCGCCGGCACCUCUGACCCAAGGCCAGCGGGGCCUGGGCAGCAACGAAAGCAGACCCGGGUCGUGUU